ACAUCCCACAAGCCUCCAACAAAAUUUCACCAAAAAACCUCUCUCUUUAACUUUAACAACAAACAUGGCAAGCGCUAACCCCGUAACCGCCAAAUCCACGUCACCACCACCGGUGGACAUGGCGAAUCCAGAUGAACUCAAGAAGGUCUUCGACCAGUUCGACUCCAACGGCGACGGCAAGAUCUCGGUGACCGAGCUCGGAGGCGUCUUCAAGGCCAUGGGGACUUCCUACACGGAGACGGAGCUCAACCGCGUCCUUGAAGAGGUCGACACCGAUCGCGACGGCUUCAUCAACGUCGACGAGUUCUCCGCUCUCUGCCGCUCCUCCUCGAGCGCCUCCGAGAUCCGCGACGCCUUCGAUCUGUACGAUCAGGACAAGAACGGGCUCAUCUCCGCCGCGGAGCUUCACCAGGUGCUUAACCGUUUGGGGAUGUCGUGCUCCGUGGAGGACUGCGGUAAGAUGAUCGGGCCUGUGGACGCUGACGGCGAUGGGAAUGUCAAUUUCGAGGAGUUUCAGAAGAUGAUGACGUCAUCCUCACUCGCUAAGGCUAACGGUGGUUCGGCCUAGGGUUUUUUCUAGAUUUGUUAUCCUCUCUCUAAAACUGGGAAUAAUUACUACUGCUAUGUUUUUUUAGGUGCUUUUUUCGAAAAAAAAAUGUGAUAAAAAAAGUCUAACGUUGAUCCAUCUCUGUUUCUACCGAUCUGUUAUAUGGAUUAAGAUAAUAUGGUUGCUUUCGUUUAACAAAUUUUUGCUUUUCUAAUUUCUUUAUCAUCUACAUUCUUGACUGCUAUAAUUUUGAACGAAAUUUAGUUUAGCUUAGAAGCUGAAUCAGAUUUCCUACGUCUUGGAAAAGAUAACUGUCCUAGUACAAAAUUUUAAUGGAUAAAUAUAAACUGAUUCAUAAGUUCAUAACAUUAAGAUACUAGUAUCAUUUUGAAAUUUGAAUUUAGGUUUAUGUGUCGUAUUUACAUUUGUUUUCUCCACUCGAAGAUUUGUUAAAUGGUUAAAAAACUGAAGUUCUAGUUUCAAUGAAUUAAAUAAUAUAUCGGUUGCUAACAUUGAAAUGAAUGCUGGAAUUAAAUUGACUCAGUCGACGCGGACAUUCAUAUUCGUUUCCCAAAUACUACUACUGUAGUAUAUGUUAUUUUGCGUUUCAUUUUCCUAUUAGAGGACAUUUUGUAUGGAUAUUUGUACAAAGUUGUGGAAGUAUAAUUGUAUAGAAUUAAAUUCUACGCGUGAUCUUUUUGUUAAUCAAGCGUGAUAAGCAACUCAAGAAAGAGAAUCCAAUUGGCACCAGAGAAAAAGGAUGGAGGCUAUAAAAGGAAGGAAUCCUAUAAAGAGAGGUGG